AUGCGACACAAUAAGCAAAAUCUUCAACAAAAACAACAACAGCAACAACAACAACAAAAACAACAACAACAAAAACAACAACAACAACAACAACAAAAACAACAACAGCAACAACAACAACAACAAAAACAACAACAACAACAAUACCAACAACAACAACAACAACUAUUACAACAACAACAACAAUUAUUACAAAGCUUACAAACCCAAAAUUUAGAUAAAGAUGUUGUAUUAACUUAUAAUAGUGAUAGUUGGAAAGCAUAUACUUAUAUAUAUGACGUUGCCAUAGAUAAUUUAAUAAAUUUACAUGUACCAACCAUUAGUGAUUUUCAAAAAGAAUUAUCUUGCGACGUAGCAACUAAUGAAGUUAUUCGUUCAGCAUUCUAUUGUGCAUUUCACACAAAGCAAAGAAUAAUAAAUAAUAACAGCAAUUAUAAUAAUUUACAACAACAACAACCACCAAUAGUAGUUGAAGAUAUUUAUAUAAACCAAUCAUGGUUCGAUUAUUUUUCAAGUAGAAUUCAAUACAAAAGUUCUAAUCGUUGUUUAUUUAAAGUCAAAAGGUUCAAAAAAAAUGUUAUGGAUGAUUUAUUAAAUACAAAGAAUAGUUUUGGUGGUAAAGGUAAAGAAUCAUCCAAUUCAAAUAAUUUAUUUAAAAAAGUUAAAAUCAAUGAAUUUGAGGAAGAAAAUCUUCUUUUUAAACCACAACAACCACAACAACAACAAGCUUCAUCUUCAAGUAAAACCUUAUUGGAUAAUAGCGAAGAAAUUUUAAGGGUUGACGAUGAAAAUGAUGAUUCAGUUUUGAGAUAUAGAUAUGAAAAAGAUUUCAUCCUUCUAAAAGAUAAUAAACCACUCAUUAUUUCACUUUCACCAGAUUGGGGUAUACCCUUCCAUACAAAAGAAGUAAUUGACACUUCACCAACUCCAAUUCCAUUACCUCAAGUAUUCAGUGCUGGUAGUAAUAAUACUAAUAGUAACAACAAUAAUAAAAAUAAUAAUAGAAAUAAAGUAAAUACCAAUAAUAAUAAUAUCAAUAAUAAUAAUAAUUCAUCAAGAUCCUCAAAGAAUAACAACGGUAAUAAAAAAGAUGAGGAAGGUGAAUCAUGGUGUGGAAUUAUGUAA